CGGCUUGCAAUUCAAUCGGAGGCGGGGGCAGCGGAGGAUCCGCAGCUCCCGGCGCACCGCAAGCAAGCGCGUCGCCGAACGGCAAUGGCGGGACAGGUUUUAACCCACAGGCUACUAUUAGUCCAAGUUCCUCGGCACUAAAUAACGGAGGUGGUGUUACUCCAGGUGGACAAAGCCAGCAAACUAUAUCUAGCCCGAAUCGUGGUUCAAACGGUGGUUCCGCUGGAGAGGCACCAGGAACUCGGGUCAAUUCUAACGAAGGCACUGGUAAUGGUAACCCUUCCACACAAGGCUUCAGCCCUACUACGAACACCUGGGCGAAUGGUGGUGGGUCUAAUACUCAAGAGCAAGGCACGCGAUCUACUGGAGAUGGAAGCAAUGAAAGUAGUACUGAGACGAGUUUAAUGUUGACCGCAUCGAGCUCGAACGUAAAUCCGGCACCGACUGAAAUCAGCGGCGGUGAAGCCCAGCCGGCUGCUUCGGAUUCUAACGCCGGUGGGCUAGGGUCAAAUUCGGAGACCGCUAACACACAGGCAUCUAGCUUUACAUUCCCUCCUGGUGUAGUGCCUUAUGGCGGGUUCCGCACCCCUUCCAUGACAACACUAGCCUCUAUGAUAGCAUGGAUAGAACCUGACGGUGAAAAAGGAUCGACUAUACUGCGACAGGAGUUUAUUGUCAACGGCAAUGGGGAGAAGUCUAACACAAUGGAGCGGGAAGUCGCAAAACAACCAACAACUCCGGAUACUGGCACUUCAACGUCGAUGGACCCACGGUGGCAGCGAAUUCGCCCAUUAUGGAUUUGGUAAGAGGAGCCUUAAGUUAAGAUAUCUUCCAAAAGCGAGGAGGUUUCUUGAAGCUGCCCUGCUAGGCGAAGAGAGAGAAAGAGAGAG